GACUCUGCUGUGAAAGCUGCUAAGGUCACCUGCUGAAGUCACCUGAGGGGAGUCCAUCAGCAAGUUCUACCUAAGCUCCAAACGUUAGGCUCAUCUACGUUGGCUACGUUAUGGCCAGCAUUGAAGACUUCACCAGAAGGUUUGAUGUCCACGGCAAGAUGUACGGUCAUGAGUUCCGGGAGAAGACCUUUGCCGACUGGCCCUUUCGAGAGGACUGUAACUGCACACCUGAGAAGAUGGCCAAGGCCGGCUUUGUGCACUGCCCAAGUGUCAAUGAGCCUGACGUGGUUUGUUGCUUCUUCUGUCUGAUCGAGCUGGAGGGCUGGGAGCCUGAUGAUGACCCCUGGUGUGUUGCACCUCAUCCAUUCGGUUUUUGGUUCGAGCACAUAAAACGCUCGCCUACUUGUGGAUUCCUCACCAUGAAGAAAGACCUCCUCUACUUGACCGUGCCGGAGUUUUACCUCAUCGAGAAGGAAAGGUUAAAGAUUUACGUUAGAAAGGUUUGUCAUAAGAGGAUGGCGUAUCUUCGAGAUGAGAUAGAUAAGGUCCGUCGGUCCUUGACGUGCCAAUUGUUGAUUUAAGAUUCAUAGAUUCAUGUUCAUAAUAUAAAUAAAACCUUUUAAUACCUUGGUUGUUGUAGUAUUGUUGUAGUAUUGCUGCUGACCACAAGGUAGCGCUUUGGUUCAACUAUGCGCCACAAACUUGAAGCUACCAGAUGUUUCCACAAGCAUCUUAAAUGAGAAGACUGGUUGCAUGACAAUGGCGUACUUGCCAUAUUCCUGAAGGUGCCGCCAUCUUCAGCAUCCCUUUUCAAACCUUGACCCUGGACAGAUGGCCUCAAG